UUUAGGAUGGAUGUUGCAAUGGAUGAACGUUUACGAACUUAUGUACAAGAAGUGGAGAGUCGAGUGAGAUGUCAACUUGAUGAUAGGAAAAAGUUAGAAGAUGCUGUUCCAUUGUCCGAAGAACAACUUCGAAAAAUGGAUAGUACGCUGAAGCGGACGACAGCUUUUAUGAAGAAAUUAAAAAAUAUUGGAUGCAUACAACUGACAUCGGUUUUGCAAGAUGUCGAUAAAGUUAAUUUAUCAAAGUUCGUGGAGGAAAUGACUGCGACAAUUGCCGAAGCAAAAAUAAAAUAUAGCGAGGUACAAGCUGUUGUAAAAGUUUGUGUGCAUUUAUCUUGUUAUUAUGCAGAAUUCUCAUCCCUUCUGCUUCUGGAGUUCCGCAAACUGCUGCCAUCAAGGCGAAAUGACAAGAUUCAAAAUCCUUCCAAAUUGCGCGUCGAUAUCAGAUUGCUGGGCGAACUCUGUCUUCAUGGUGUUUUCGGAAAGGAAGGCGUUCAGCUUCUGGGUUCUGUAGUUUCAUUUCUUACACUCACUGACAGAACCGAGCAUAUCAACAUUCCAAUUGUAUUGCCAUUUUGCAAAGCUAUGAAUGUUGAUUUACUUGGUUUGCAUCCUUACUCAAUAAAACAGGUUGCAUCAGCUGCAAAUAUUAAGUUGCCCGAAACGUCAGUAAUAUCUGUUGAUCAUAAAAAAACAUUCGCUCAGCUUCUUCUGGAUUAUCGCUCAUCACUGGUGGACCACAUAAAACAGGACCUACUUGAAAUGAACCAGUUAUUGCUUUCAAUAAAACGUCAGACGCGAACGAGGGGAGAUGCUUCUGCUGAAGACCGAAAUCAUCUGGGAGAAUUACGUGCACGCUAUGAAAAAAUUUUAACGAGUGGAACUCAGCUCAGUGAAUAUUUGGGCGUUGAAAUGGAAGCAAUGAAGGAAGAACAGAGCGAAGAUGAAGAAGAAGAGGUUUCCGCACUAGCACUUAGCCGUGCAUUACAAGAAGGAACCAUUACUAUAUGGCCGGAUGAAGACACUCGACAGUUUUAUGAAACAAGGAUGGAGCUUCGACAACUUGUUCCGGCAAUUCUUUUCCAGGAAUCGGAACAACGAACAUUAGAUCUAGUUGAAGGAAAGAUUGAAGAUGUUGAUCUAAGCGGUUUGGAUGCAAUUGCUGAAGAAGCUGAAGAUGAGGGUGAUGAACACAGUGAGGGUAUUGAUGAUGAAGAGACAAAAAUAGAUUUGAAUGAAAUGGAUCUUCCAUCAGUUGCAAUGAGUCGUAUUGAUGCACCAAAAAUAUCUGGACAAGAUUUGAAGCUCAGGAUGAUUGCAUUUAUGGAACAGCUUCCAUGGCUAAUCAACAGGGAUUUGAUCGACAAGGCUGCACUUGACUUUGUUACAAAUCUUAAUACCAGGAACAACAGAAAAAAACUCUGUCAAAUGAUGCUGGAACAGCAUCGAAAUCGGUUAGAUUUGCUUCCAUUCUAUGGCCGUUUGGUGGCAACUUUGGAACCAGUUAUGCCUGAUUUGGCUCUUGAACUUUCGCAUUCAUUGCUUCAGCAGUUUCGCGCAGCUGUUCAGAGUAAGAAAAAACAGCGUGUGGACUGGAAAAUAAGGUGUGCUCGGUUCAUCUCUGAACUGGUGAAGUUUGAAAUCAUACCGAAAGGCGAAGGUCUUUCUUGUUUGCGAAUGGUACUUUUUGAUUUUCGUGGUCAUAACAUCGACAUGUGCUGUGCAAUGGUUGAUGCAAUGGGACAGUUUUUAUAUCGUUCAACGGACAGUCAUGGAAAAAUGAAAAUCUUGCUUGGAGUUAUGAUGAAAAAACGUGAUCGUGUUAGUGAUCCGCGCCAACAGAUGCUGAUAGAUAAUGCGUUCUACACUUGUAUCCCACCACCAGUGCAAGAAAAACCGAAGCCUGCAAGCGACCCAUUUCAAGACUUUAUUCGUUAUUUGAUAAGUAAUUUAUCACGUUAUCGAAUGGAAAUAACUGUACGAUGCCUCAGGAAAUUGGACUGGUCUGAUCCUGUUUGUGCUAAUUAUGCAGUUGAGUGCCUCAGUAAUCCAUCUCUACCGCGGUACAAUAAUGUGCCGUAUCUUGCGUCACUUGUAGCAUCGCUUUCAUCAUGUCAUGAUUGGAUUGGUAUUCGAGUACUUGACGCAACGCUUGAGGAUAUUCGCAUCGCUUUAGAAUUUAACAGUCCAUCUCUUAAUCAAAGCACAGUGCUGUCAGUAAUAUUUUUGGGUCAACUGUAUAAUUAUAGCGUAUGCGACUCUCCCGUUAUAUUUAAGACUUUGUAUCAAUUGAUCACUUUUGGUGCUUUUGAUCCAUUACUGGAUGACUGGAGCAAUCUGGCACGAAUUGGUCUUGUGUGCGAAUUACUUCUAGUUUGUGGCGAAUAUUUUAAUGCUGGUUCAGCUAAGAAAAAAUUGGAUUGUUUCUUAGCAUAUUUUUACCGUUAUUUAUUGGCUAAAGAAGAAGCAUUUAAAGCUCGCGAUAUUGUUUUCCCCAAGCAUGUGCGUUUUCGAGUGGAGGAGAUGAGUGAUUAUGUGCGAAAAGGCGUCAAAAUCCCAGAAUCUUUCGACGAAGCGCAAGAAGUUGUUGAUGGAAUCCAGCAACAAUACGGAAAAAUGGUAGAUGCAGCGCGUGAAGGGAAAAUAGCUCAGCAAAUAGAAGAAGAGAUAAUGGAUGAAGAGGAAGAAGAACCACGCAAGAUAAAUUGUGCCGCUGAAGCUGGCGGAGACGAAAAUAUCAGCAGCAGUGACGAGAUUGUUGUAUCAAUUUAUGAUGAAAAUGAAAGCGUUCGCGUGCAUACAAAUCGUGUUCUCCUACCUGAAGACGAACUGUUCGUGCGUCAACUUGAGCAAAUCAUUGCAGAAACGAUGCAGAGCAGGGCAAAUGUCGUAAGUGUACCAGUUUCGGAAAUAGUGGUGCCGACAUCUGCACGUCAAAAAUUUCAUAGAAGCAUUGCAUUUGAUGCAAACGCUCGUAGUACGAAAUCGGAUGACACAUCAAACUCAGGAACGGAAACAAGAAUGGCGAUUUUAACACGUGGGAAAGGGAAUAAAACGGUGUUGAAGGCGAUAGCAAUGGAUGCACCGAGUUUUUUGACGGAAACGUGGAAUGCACAGCGGGAGAAAGAACGUAUGGAAUUGACUGUUCAUAAGCACAUAACACUGAGUAUAAAUGAGCGCAUGAUGAUGGAUGAUGAUGAAUCUUUAUCAGAAUAAGAUACAUCUCAUUUGUGUUUCUAAUGCUGAAAUAUAAUCUUCAUUGGACCGGGUGAUGCCCACCAAAUCGCUGGUACUGACUAGCCAGACAUCUAUACUAAUAGGAAUGAAAGAAAUCACGAACCGAAAGUCAAGAAUUUUUGGACACUCUGGUCGCUGAAGUUUGUGCAACUACAUGUCGAAGUCGAUCACUAAUGAUCCAACACGAAUCUUUCAUUUAUUGCAAAUUAUAUUACAUGUUAUAUUCGUUGUACAGAAUUUUUGGAGAAAUAUACGUUCUUAAUUGUUGCUUCAACUGAUUACUUCUCGCCGUUUUGUACUUUUUUUUUGGAGGGUAUAAACUAAGGUAAUUGAUUUGCGC